AAAUGUAUAAAGAGUCCAUUAAUCCCCUUAUUCUUUUACUACAAUUACUGGUGCACACCAAAAAGAAAUCCUUCACUUCUGUUUUAUCAUUAUAAAAUAAAUAUUUUGCUAGUGUAUUAAACAUGCAUGGUGUGACGUUAUGCGUUUGUGUGAGCUGAGCAGCAGAGGGUUCUGUGUUGUUUGCAGCGUGGUGCUUCCCAGCACGCAGCUCUGGCCGGCCCAUGCACAGGCUCAGAUUCUUCUGCUGUGUCUGAACCAGUUCUUACCAUUACAGAAGGGCGGUUACAGCCGGUGCUGCAUAAAGAGACUGCAGAAAACACACUGGAAACAAGCUGCAGCCGCCGCGUGUGGACAGGAGUGUGAGCGCAGAGCUGUUGGUCAUUAAGCAUUGCGUCCCUUUUUUUAUUUCCAAAUUGGAGUGUGGAAAAGAUGGGCAAAAUCAGAGCUCAGAGCUGGUGCUGCUGAACAGGGACCGCAAUGCUGGCAGCAGCGACACGAGCAGUUGAGGAUAAAGCUGGCAAGCGCGCUGGGUUCGCGGUCACCUCAUCGUGUGCCUGGGGCUGGUGGGUUGCAGAGGUGCUGGGCAGCAGUGGCAAAGUGGUGUUGAGGAUGCUACCGAUGGAGCUCUUAGUUGGACGCUACGUAGGAUGGUUAGAAAUAAAGCAAAAAUCUGUGGCUCCGUCAGCGUCCAAGGGAGGCAUCGUUGUCAGCGGUGUAAGUUUGGGUUUUAAUCUGGUCUUGCUCACAAGCUGUUAUUGAUGGAUUAUUCGACCAUUCUGAAGCAGAUCUCUUAGAAGUGAGUCAUGCUACUUGCAGUAAAGCUACAAAUUCAGUUAUGUAUUGUUUCCUGUUUAAGUGCAGCUUUUAACUGAUCAUAUCUAAUCUGGAGUUCCAAACUAAUACCUCAGAUCUCUCUCCCCAACCACAGAUGAAGCAGAAGUGAUAAAGAAGAAUUUGCGAAGUGUGACAACUGUGUUUCUUGCUAAGGCUGUGUUCCUCUCGCGUGUUACAGCAAUUCCCGGCAUCCCCCUACGGAGUCAGAAUUUUAAUCAGCUUCAGACAUUGAAGGACGAUUCUCCACGCAUUGAACUUUGGGUCUCGUGCUUCGGCUGGUGCUGGAAUGUUGCGUGGCUGCUGGGAUGGCGUAAGCAAAAGCAGCCUGGGGACGUUCUCCCUCUGAAUUUUGGGGUAGACAGCCCAUGUGAAACCGUGGGUCACCAACGGGUUCUGUUAAAUGGAAAUAGAAAUUAACCUUCAGCCCGGGCCUGCGAGCAGCCUGGAGGAACCAAAGUCCUGUCAUGUUCUGGGGGGAUAGGGAGCACUUGUGCUGCACGUUGUGUGCUCUGCCAGAAAAGCGCCCGGCUGUGUAUUUGAGUAAAGUAACGCUGAGGUCGUCAGCUCGAUAAACUGCUGCGGGGGGGGGUUGAGAAGUUGGAGAUCAAAAACAGAAGUGAGAGCUUGCAGCACGCUGCUCGGAAUGAGCGUCAGGUCUGUCCAUUCCUUGCUGGCGCCGUGCACAAGCUGUGUGUGCACCUGCACAGGGAGAGAGAUGCAACAGCUCAGCCCUUUCCUGCAGCUUCUCUCCAUCAACAUUAGAUGAAAGCUUUUUUUUUUUUCUUUCCUUUUUGGUUUGAAACAUUGAAGCCAGAGUACUCUUUUGUCUUUCUCCUAUUUGCUAGAGGUGGUUUGUAACUUCUUGAGCCAUUGUAUAUUUUGUGGUUAAGUCAUUUAGGGCUCUGAAACACUGCUGCUCUUGAUGUUUCACACUUACAGUUCUCAUGUCACUGUAGUAUUUCUGAGCCAUCUCUCUCUUUCCCCUGUGCUGCUGCCCUUUCUGAAGGGAGAGCUUUUGGCUUGCAUUUUAGCUAGGAAAUGGUGGUACUGCAGAACUGUGACAGCAUCAGAAAACCACAAGAUGUGACAGAGAGAGCUCGAAUGGGCUGUGCUGUGUAAGCCUACACAUGGGCUAAGCAUCCCAAUGCUCUUCUAAGGAUGCAGAAUCCAGUAAGAGAGUUAAAGUCUAGGAAGUCCUUCCCGUGAUCAAUUCUGUGUCUUGGAACAGGAGCAGCAGAUCACGUCGUUAAUUUCUAAGUACUUGCUAAUCUUUGUACAACCUUGCUUAGGAUAUAGGCACUUCAGAAAUGCUUGAAAGGAGCAGCAAAGACCUCGUCAUCCUUCAAUGCAAACCGACCUGGGUGCCAAACCUGGACGCGCACGAGGAUCGCUUUGAGCACGCGCAGCCGCGCUGCUGCUCUCCUGGCAAUAGACGGCUGCCGGCGUUGGAGGGCUGAGCAGCGUGGGGAGAGUCAACACCCGGAGGAAACACGUGUUAGUGCAGGGGACAGGGCUCUGCUGUGGGGCACGCGGCGGUGGGAGGGAGAGCUGGAGAGCUGCCCUGCUCCUUGUGCUUCGUUGGGGCGUUGGUUCAUGGAGGGCAGCAUGAGGAGCGAGGUAGACCUGCUGGCUGCCGUCACUGUUCUGGGAGUCCUGGAGCAAGUGUGGCUUCACAGGAAAUACCUUGCGCAAUGUCGCUGCGUGCCAGUCCCCACCGAGAGGUUUGCCAGGAGCGUUCAGAUGCGUGGAGCUGCCAGCCCUGGUGAUGCUGUCUUACUUUGCGCUGCAGGUGAUCUACGCCCGGCGGAAGUACAAGAUCUCUCCCCCGGAGACAACGGGUCACCCCGAGUUUGAGCGGAUCUUCAGGGCUCAGGCCAACUGCUCCGAGUACUUCCCCAUCUUCCUCUCGCUCCUCUGGGUUGCCGGGAUCUUCUUCCAUCAAGGUGCGGCCGCGGCCUGCGGUGUGCUGUACCUCCAUGCGCGCUUCCGCUACUUCCAGGGCUACGUGCAGGCCGCGCAGGGACGGUUGGGGCCGCUGUACGCUAGCGCCCGGCUGCUGUGGCUGCUGAUGGGGCUGGCGGUGGCCGGGCUGCUGGCUCACUUCCUGCUGCCCCUGUCCUGCCUGCGGGCGCUGCCGUGGUCCCUCCAGCUGCUCCGGGCCCGCUGAGCGGGGCCGUGUCCGCCCUGAGCACCCCGCUCUGCUCAGCUCCAGGGUGUGACUGUCAGCCUCCCGUCCCCACCGCCCACCUCAUUCCUGUUGGAGCGUCACACAGUGGAGAUGCAAGAAAUAAAUGCCUUUUCUCAA